UGGAUUGGGAAGAUCCUCUGGAGAAGAGAAAGGCUACCAACUGCAGUAUUCUGGCCUGGAGAAUUCCAUGGACUGUAUAGUCCAUGGGGUGGCAAAGAGUCGACUCGACUGAGCGACUUUCACUAUCAACACAUAAGUGAUGCUGGUCCUCAGUUGUAUCAGGAGGCAUAAGGAAUCUGUCUCACUCGUGGGCAAGUAUUUAGUUAACGGGGUGCCUACCAGGUUUCUCUACUGUAAAGUUACCAUUUCUUCUUGCAGAGAUUAAUCUGUGGGGAGAUACUUCGAAACAAUGUGGAAGAUGCAUGCGCUUGAGAAAGUCACAGAUCCCUUCCACGCGUCAGUUUCCCCAUUUGAGAAGUGGAGACAGAGACGUCUGAAACUUGAAUUCGAGCUUAAGGAAGUGAAAGUGCUCGAGAGACUGGAGAAUCAGCUUCAGCCCUUGGCAAAACCCCCAAACACUAGGAGUUAAAUUUUUGAACACUCUAAAGGAUGGGGAGAGACUCCCAGGGCUGAACCGAGACUGGAAACGCUCGCGUACGCCUGCGCAGGGACGUGACCACAGAGUUGGUCCUCCAGAGACAGAGAGGCCGGAAGUUGUCUUCAAAGAAGCGCUAGACUGUUGGGUUGGCUGAGCUGAAGCUCUACGAACAGGGUCGGCAGGCAGUUCCGAGUAGUAGUCGCGGCAGUUCGUCGGCUUGAGGGGCUCCAGGAGCCUGGGCGGGGAAGAUGGCGUCUCGGGCAGGCCCGCGAGCGGCCGGCACUGACGGCAGCGACUUUCAGCAUCGGGAGCGCGUCGCCAUGCACUACCAGAUGAGUGUGACCCUCAAGUAUGAAAUCAAGAAGCUGAUCUACGUGCAUCUGGUCAUAUGGCUGCUGCUGGUUGCCAAGAUGAGCGUGGGACACCUGAGGCUCUUGUCUCAUGAUCAAGUAGCCAUGCCCUAUCAAUGGGAGUACCCCUAUUUGCUAAGCAUUGUACCCUCCCUCCUGGGCCUCCUCUCCUUCCCCCGCAACAACAUUAGCUACCUGGUGCUCUCCAUGAUCAGCAUGGGACUCUUCUCCAUUGCUCCCCUCAUUUAUGGCAGCAUGGAGAUGUUCCCUGCUGCACAGCAGCUCUACCGCCAUGGCAAGGCCUACCGCUUCCUCUUUGGUUUUUCUGCCGUCUCCGUCAUGUAUCUGGUGUUGGUGCUGGCGGUCCAAGUGCACGCCUGGCAGUUAUACUACAGCAAGAAGCUCCUAGACUCUUGGUUCACGAGCACACAGGAGAAGAAGCGUAAAUGAAGCCUGCUUGAUGGACUGCUGUGUGAGGUGACGCCUGGGCCUCCCACCCAGUGAACUGAGAGGGUAAAGGCGCUGCUCUAAAAUCUCCUUUGGUGAUUUUGGCGGCUGCAAUGUUGGCAACUAGUGCAAACUAAGCCUGGGUUCUGCAGAGCCCCUUCUGUUGCCAUUAGCUGGUGGUGGAACUGUUUAAUUUAUUCCUGGUUGGUGGAACUGGGUGAUCAACAGCUGUGAAACAAAUUUCGGCUUGUUGAAGUUGAGGUCCUUCUGAGUUUUUCAUCCUGACGUCUUCUUGGUCAUUCUCUCCACUUCCAUCCAUCACCCCUUCCCAUCAAAACUGAAGGAGAUGGGAAAUCAGUCAAAUUCUCCUUCAAUCAGUGGGUCCUGGAGCAGGAAACAUCUGGGAGGCUGCUCCCCCUGCAGGUGUUGGUCUCUACUGUGAGACCUUUUAAUUAAAAAGAACCUCAAUAAAGUUACAACUGCCUAGU